AUGCUGCGAAGCAUCACUUCGCGAUCCAUGCCCCGUGCGGCAUGGAGGGCCUCCGCCCUCCCCUCCGCCUCGGCUCGCAUCGCAAGACCCAGCUCUGUGAGCGCAUCGCUCAGAUACUACCAGUCUUCCGCCAAGUCCGAGCAGGCCAGUCCCGCUCCUGCCAAGCCCAACGCUCCUUCUGGAAGCGACAACUUCAUCAACACCACCAACGCCUACUACGCCGAGGAGAUGCACAAGCUCUGGAAGCAGGACCCAAAAUCUGUCCACGCUUCGUGGGACGUCUACUUUAGCGGUCUCGCAAAGGGUCUUCCCAGCGAGCAGGCCUUCCGUGCUCCCCCCACUCUCAUGCCUUUGCCCAUGGAGGCUCCUCCUGUCGACGUCUCAGGCUUCAGCGGUUCCACCGACGCCGUCGAUGACCACCUCAAACUCCAGCUGCUCGUCCGUGCCUACCAGGUUCGCGGUCACCGCAUCGCCCGUCUCGACCCGCUCGGCAUCCUCGACCCUGACCUCGACCCCAACAUCCCAGAAGAGCUCAAGAUUGAGCACUACGGCUGGUCCGAGGCCGACCUCGACCGCAAGAUGCGUCUCGGUCCCGGUCUCCUGCCCAACUUUGUCAACCAGGGCAUCCAGGAACUCACCAUUCGCGAGAUCAUUGACGCCUGCAAGCGCAUGUACUGCGGCUCCAUCGGUGUCCAGUACGUCCACAUCCCUGACCGCGAAAAGUGUGACUGGCUUCGACAGCGCCUCGAGACGCCCGAGCCCUUCAAGUACUCGGUUGAGGAGAAGCGCACCAUCCUCGACCGUUUGAUCUGGUCCGACUCGCUCGAGCGCUUCAUCGCCUCCAAGUACCCUAACGAGAAGCGUUUCGGUCUCGAAGGUGGUGAGUCGCUCAUCCCCGGUCUCAAGACGCUCAUCGACCGCUCCGUCGAGCACGGCGUCGAAAGCGUCACCAUCGGCAUGCCCCACCGUGGUCGUCUCAACGUGCUCGGCAACGUCAUUCGCAGACCCAUCGAGGGUAUCCUCCACCAAUUUGCCGCCAAGGAGGAUGACGGCGAGGGCGGAGGAGACGUCAAGUACCAUUUGGGCGCCAACUACGUUCGACCCACCCCUUCGGGCAAGAAGGUGGCCCUCUCGCUCGUCGCCAACCCGUCGCAUCUCGAGGCCGAGGACCCCGUCGUGCUCGGCAAGACCCGCGCCCUCCAGGACUUUGCCAAGGACAAGGAGCACACCACCUCGCUCGCCCUCCUUAUGCACGGUGAUGCUGCUUUUGCUGGUCAGGGUGUCGUCUACGAGACCAUGGGCAUGUACAACCUUCCCAACUACGCCACCGGCGGUACCGUCCACAUUGUUGUCAACAACCAGAUUGGAUUCACCACCGACCCUCGAUUCGCCCGUUCCACCCCUUACCCCUCGGACAUUGCCAAGUCGAUCGACGCUCCCAUCUUCCACGUCAACGGCGACGACGUCGAGGCCGUCACCUUUGUCUCACAGCUCGCUGCCGACUGGCGUGCCACCUUCAAGAAGGACGUUGUCAUCGACCUCGUCUGCUACCGACGUCACGGACACAACGAGACCGACCAGCCCUCGUUCACCCAGCCUCGUAUGUACAAUGCCAUCGCCAAGCAGGAACCUACCCUGCAAAAGUACUCCGCCCGCCUCGUCGAGGAAGGCAGCUUCACCAAGUCGGACAUCGAGGAGCACCAGAAGUGGGUGUGGGGUAUGCUCGAGGAGGCGUACGACAAGAGCAAGAACUACCGUCCCGAGGAGCGCGAAUGGCUUUCGAGCGCCUGGGAGGGCUUCCCUUCGCCCAAGGAGCUCGCAGAGCAGAUCCUCGACCACAAGGACACCGGUGUCAAGGAGGACACGCUCAGGCACAUCGGCAAGACCGUCUCCUCCUACCCUGAAGAUUUCACCGUCCACCGCAACCUCGGCCGUAUCCUCAAGACGCGUGGCAAGACUGUCGAGGAGGGCAAGAACAUCGACAUGAGCACCGGUGAGGCGCUCGCCUUCGGUUCGCUCGCUCUCGAGGGCAACUACGUGCGUCUGUCCGGUCAGGAUGUCGAGCGUGGUACCUUCUCGCAGCGCCACUCGGUGCUGCACGACCAGGAGAACGAGGCCACCUACACUCCGCUUCAGCACGUCGGCGAGGGUCAGGCUCCAUUUGUGGUCUGCAACUCGUCGCUCUCCGAGUUCGGAUGCAUGGGCUUCGAGCUCGGAUUCUCGCUCGUCUCGCCCCAGAACUUGACCAUCUGGGAGGCGCAGUUCGGUGACUUUGCCAACAACGCACAGUGCAUCAUCGACCAGUUCAUCGCCUCGGGUGAGCGCAAGUGGCUCCAGCGAACCGGCUUGGUGCUCAACCUGCCCCACGGUUACGACGGUCAAGGCCCCGAGCACUCGUCGGCACGUAUCGAGCGUUUCCUGCAGCUCUGCGACGACCACCCGUUCAAGUUCCCCACGCCAGAGAAGAGCAACCGCCAGCACCAGGACUCGAACAUGGCUGUCGUCUACUGCACCACGCCCGCCAACUACUUCCACGUGCUGCGUCGCCAGGUGCACCGCGACUUCCGUAAGCCGCUGGUCAACUUCUUCUCCAAGUCGCUUCUUCGUCACCCGGAAGCACGAUCCAACCUCGAGGAUUUCCUGCCCGGUACUGGAUUCCAGCGAUUCAUCCCUGACCCUCACGCAUCGGAGGGCAAGGACGAGCUGGUGGCACCUGAGCAGAUCAAGCGUCACAUUUUGACGUUCGGUCAGACCUACUUUGAACUGCUCAAGCACAGGAGGGAGAACAACAUCAAGGACGUCGCCAUCUCGCGUAUCGAGCAGCUCUCGCCGCUGCACUACGAGGCGGUCGUGCAGGCUUUGGACAAGUACCCCAACGCCGACCUGGUCUUCUGCCAGGAGGAGCCCUUGAACAACGGCGCUUGGUCGUACUUGCAGCCAAGGUUGAGGACCGCCUGCCGACACACGCAGCAUCACAAGAACGACAUUGUCAUCUUGGCCUCGAGACCACCGAGCAGUUCGGUUGCCACCGGAUCGAAGAUUGCGCACAAGGCCGAGGUCGAGGCUUACCUGAAGGAUGCUUUCGACUUGAACAGGAAAGCGUCGGAUGACGAGCACUUGUAG